AUGAUUCGUGGAAACGGAUCUCCUGGCGCAGCCAGUAGCAACCGUUCCUCCGACGAGGCUGCUUCUCACAAUGGCUCUCCUGAGACCAAGCUCACUGCAUUCUCCCCCGAGGAUGCCCGCAUAAAGUCCCUUUUGGACAAUUCAGGUGCCAUUGGCCUUCACAGACACGAAACCAUGACUUUUACACCUGUCCAUAAGCCGGGAAUUGGCCAGGAUGCAUUCAGGACCAUUUCGGGACCAAAUGCACGAAUCCAGCUCUCUCCCACGGCAAGCCCUUUCACUCCAGCCAGCUAUAUCCAGAGUAGAUUUACUGGAAAUGAGAGUGUCUCGGCCUUUUUGAAACAGAACGAUGUUUCCCCAGCCACAAUCAGCUACUUAGCAGCGAAUUCUGACCCGGAAACCCCAUUCACUCCAAAUGGUUCUUUCGCUCGAAACUCCCCUCCACGUUUCGGCCCGAUUGCUCCCGGUGGUCCUGUUCAUUUGACUUAUCCCAAGCAGGAUGAAGCAGCUCGCUCGAAGAUGAGCUACUUGACAGCCACCUCCGAACCGGAAACUCCGUUUACUCCGAACGGGUCACUUGCUCGCAACUCGCCUCCACGUUUCGGUACCAUUGGUCACCCUUACGUGGCUCCGACACCCAUUCAUAUGGCGUAUUGCCAGUUUGGUACUUUUGACAAGAUCAACCGCAGUCGUGCAUUUACCAUUGAAGGCGCACCGACGGACUUAGCCCACUUGACCAUUGUUAGCCUUUUUGAUCGCCAUGAGUUCAGCACUCUCAAGGGGCCUAUCCUUACUGAACUGGGCACUCAUGGAAAAAUAUAUGUCGGUUUUACCGAUAGCCGCGAUGCCAAAGCUGCUUUUGAUAAAGUCAAAAAGCAGUAUCCCGCCUGGUGUUUGCAGGCCUUGACUGCCAAAGAGUUUACUGGAAAACACGAUGCGACUUAUGUGGGUGCAACUUCUGACUAUGAAGGUUACAUCUUUGCUUCGGUUUAUUUCAAUGGCAACAAUCCAGCUGCGGAUGGACGCGUGAUCUCCCACAAUUUCAAGAACAUUCUCGAGAAGUUCGGCGACGUCAAAGCCUUCUGCACUAUUCCCACCGAGCAGAGGCAUGUCGUUGACUUUAUGGUCGAGUUCUUCGACACUCGUGCCGCCGAAAACGUCGCUUCCACUUUGAACGGCAGUUCAGUUGAUGAAUGCAUUCUCGAGAUCAACCUCUACAGGCCCGAUGUUGUAGAGAAUCAUUACAUUGAUUUUGAACACAAGGAUGUCUCCGAUGCAGUUACAAAGCAGUCGGUCGGACGCCGCGAUAGCUUUGGACAACCAUAUGUCGAACUCAGUCCGACCGGUCGCUCAACUAUUCCCGUCGGCGAUCCUGCCAGUGAAUUUGGUUGGCUUCGCAAGGCUGAAAACAAUUUCUCCUAUCGUCAUCGUCUCGAAGUUGGACGGCGUCAGGACUCUCGUCCCAGUAACCAGAAUUAUGUUGAUAUCGAGAAGAUUCGACUUGGUCUCGAUGUCCGCACUACUAUUAUGUUGCGCAAUAUUCCCAACAAGAUUGACCAAGUAAUGCUAAAGAACAUUGUUGACGAGACCAGUUUCGGCAAGUAUGACUUUAUGUAUUUGCGUAUCGCGUGGGCUAUGCCUUCAUCAACUUCGAGGAUUUUGCCAACGCUCGUGCUGGUCGUACAUGGAAUUGCUUCAACAGCGAUAAGGUCGCAGAGAUCUCGUAUGCCACCAUUCAAGGAAGAGAUUGUCUCGUUCAAAAGUUCCGCAACAGCUCCGUCAUGUUGGAGCAUCCAUCCUUCCGUCCUAAAGUAUUUUCACACAAUAAAUGUACUUCAGUUCACUCUUUCUAAUUCUUUACAGUUGUUCUAUACUGGCAGUGGGCCACUGGCUGGUACAGAAGAGCCUUUCCCCGGCCCUGACAAUCCAUCGAAGAUGCGACGCAGCGUCGAAAAUGCCGAACACGUUGGCAUGUAUAAACUCGUGAAGACCUCCGUACCGAAACCGGGUCUGUACUAA